GACCGGCCCAUUGGAACAUGGCUGUUGUAUCUGCCAUGUACUUGGAGCAUAGGCUUGGCUGCAGAGCCAUGUUGCUUUCCAGACUGGUAUAUGCUGUCACUGUUUGGUGCUGGAGCAGUUCUGAUGCGUGGAGCAGGCUGUACAAUCAACGACAUGUGGGAUCAGGAGUAUGACAAAAAGGUUACCAGAACAGCAAGUAGACCAAUAGCUUCUGGAGAUAUCUCAGCUUUUCAAGCCUUGGUUUUUCUUGGGGGACAACUUAGCUUGGCUUUAUGUGUGCUGCUCUGCCUGAAUUACUAUAGCAUUGCUCUAGGAACAGCUUCUUUGUCUCUUGUGAUUACUUACCCCCUGAUGAAGAGAAUCACGUAUUGGCCACAGUUAGUUUUGGGGCUUACAUUUAAUUGGGGUGCCUUGCUUGGGUGGUCUGCCAUCAAAGGCUCAUGUGAUUGGUCUGUCUGUGUGCCUUUGUACUUUUCUGGAGUUAUGUGGACAUUGAUAUAUGACACUAUCUAUGCUCAUCAGGAUAAAAGAGAUGAUGUUGUCAUUGGUGUGAAAUCGACAGCUCUACGAUUCAAGGAAGACACCAAGCAAUGGCUCAGUGGUUUUGGUGGCAUUAUGCUCAUGGGUUUGUGUGUGGCGGGAAUGAAUUGUGAUCAGACCUUCCCUUACUACACAGCAGUGGCUGCCGUAGGGGCCCACUUAGCUUACCAGAUUUACACUUUGGACAUAAACAAACCUGAAGAUUGUUGGAAGAAGUUUACCUCUAACCGCACAUUAGGAAGUUUACUUUUCAUAGGGAUUGUUCUUGGAAAUCUGUGGAAAAGAAAAAAUCCCAAAGAAAAGGAAGAAUUGUUAGAGAUCAGCUAGUGAAUGUGAUAAGCACUGGUAACUGAUGUUUAUUUAAGGUACUGUAUUGAAAUGUCUGGCCAAGAGGAGGACAGGGGAAAAGUAUCUGUCCAGAAGAUAUUUACAGUACUGGUCAGGAGAUGCUUCCAAGGCCUAGGACCAUGAGGCCUGGCUUCCCAACCCCUGCCCCCCUCGUACCAGAGCAAGAAGCCAGGGGUGUCUGGCACUGUACACUCCAGAAUGAUACUGUUAGUCGCACCUGUGUGGGAGGAAAAAUACUUGGGGGUAGAACUACUAAAGAUUUUAUUGCUUACAUUAUAUAGACCCAUGGUCAUUAUUUUUAAGACAGUGCAGUAGAAAACAGGACAGUUUUUAGUAUUUAUCUCAUGAAUAUGCUUACAAGACUGAGUCAGCCUGUAUUGUUGAAAGUGAGGCUUCUUACUUGCAUUUGCUCUUGAAUUGUUAAAUAGAUCCUGUCUGAUAUGAAUGUUUUGUAAAAAGUAUAUUACUUUGUGGUCACUUGUACUUUGUAACACAAGAGGCAUCUCACAGGAGAUAGCAUGAGGAAAUGCAAUGAUACUGUAAUAUAAAAUAAAGUCUGCUGUAUGAA